AGUUCCAUCCUGGUGACACACCAGAGGAUUCACACAGGAGAGAAGCCCUUUGAAUGUCCUGACUGCGGGAAAAGUUUCAGUGCAAAUUCCAUCCUGGUGACACACCAGAGGAUUCACACAGGAGAGAAGCCCUUUGAAUGUCCUGAUUGUGGGAAAAGUUUCCGUCAGAGUUCCAGCCUGGUGACACACCAGAGGAUUCACACAGGAGAGAAGCCCUUUGAAUGUCCUGACUGCGGGAAAAGUUUCAGUGAAAAUUCCAGCCUGGUGACACACCAGAAGAUUCACACAGGAGAGAAGCCCUUUGAAUGUCCUGACUGCGGGAAAAGUUUCAGUAGAAAUUCCGGCCUGGUGAUACACCAGAGGACACACACAGGAGAGAAGCCCUUUGAAUGUCCUGACUGCGGGAAAAGUUUCAGUAGAAAUUCCGGCCUGGUGAUACACCAGAGGACACACACAGGAGAGAAGCCCUUUGAAUGUCCUGACUGUGGGAAAAGUUUCAGUGCGAAUUCCAACCUGAUGAUACACCAGAGGAUUCACACAGGAGAGAAGCCCUUUGAAUGUCCUGACUGCAGGAAAAGUUUCAGUGAUAAUUCCAGCCUGAUGGCACACGAGAGGAUUCGCCCAGGAGAGAAGCCCUUUGAAUGUCCUGUAUGUGGGAAAUGUUUCAGUAGAAAUUCCGGCCUGGUGACACACCAGAGGAUUUACACAGGAGAGAAGCCCUUUCAAUGUCCUGACUGCGGGAAAAGUUUCAGUACAAAUUCCAGCCUAGUGACCCACCAGAGGAUUCACACAGGAGAGAAGCCCUUUGAAUGUCCUGAUUGUGGGAAAAGUUUCCGUCAGAGUUCCAGCCUGGUGACACACCAGAGGAUUCACACAGGAGAGAAGCCCUUUGAAUGUCCUGACUGCGGGAAAAGUUUCAGUACAAAUUCCAGCCUGGUGACACACCAGAGGACACACACAGGAGAGAAGCCCUUUGAAUGUCCUGACUGUGGGAAAAGUUUCAGUGAGAAUUCCAACCUGGUGAUACACCAGAGUAUUCACACAGGAGAGAAGCCCUUUGAAUGUCCUGACUGCGGGAAAAAUUUCAGUGAUAAUUCCAGCCUGGUGGGACACCAGAGGAUUCACACGGGAGAGAAGCCCUUUCAAUGUCCUGACUGCGGGAAAAGUUUCAGUACAAAUUCCCACCUGGUGACACAUCAGAGGAUUCACACAGGAGAGAAGCCCUUUGAAUGUCCUGAUUGUGCAAAACGUUUCCAUCAGAGUUCCAACCUGGUGACACACCAGAGGAUUCACACAGGAGAGAAGCCCUUUGAAUGUCCUGAUUGUGGGAAAAGUUUCCGUCAGAGUUCCAGCCUAGUGACACACCAGAGGAUUCACACAGGAGAGAAGCCCUUUGAAUGUCCUGACUGCAGGAAAAGUUUCAGUGAUAAUUCCAGCCUGAUGGCACACGAGAGGAUUCGCCCAGGAGUGAAGCCCUUUGAAUGUCCUGUAUGUGGGAAAUGUUUCA